AUGGCCCUACGCUGGUCUGCUGAGCAAGCGGCACGCGCCGCAGAUGGCUUCAGUGUUCUCCGCGCGCCUCUCCCUCAACAUGCGACGGAGAUCACGAGCCUGAUAUCGGACUUUUAUGGAAUCAGUGCAUCACUUUUAAACCUUGACGAACUCACCAAGGAUGUCCGUUACCGACGGGCCUGGUCUUUGGUGCAACCAGACGCUGAGAUAUUGCGCUCCAGUCUGGGGUAUACGGUCCAGGAUGCGCUAGACUUUCUCAACCGUCUAAAUGGUGGCCAAGUCACGGCAGAUACCUAUCGACGGACAUGGCAAUCCAUUGACCAAUUUUUCUGGAAAGAGGCCCAAUAUUCUCUCAGCACUCGGCUGGCCAAGUAUAAAGGAUUUUUGCGAGAAAUCAUUGAUCUCUUGAAAGAUCCACGCCAUGAGUCGUUUCUUUUGGCAGCCUCGCGGGAUGGAAUGAAAUCACUGCUGGCCGUGCAAGAACAACGCAUUCUUCCGCAAUUGGGGCGUAUGUCGUUAGAGCGUAAUCCGCCGUCAACGGGCAGCGCGAGCACCGGUACAGACCAGUCUAAAGCCCGAAGAGGACGGCAAACACCGUAUCGAAAAAAGUCAUACGAGCGCUCGCGUCCGACACAAUUCUCUCCUCAGUAUCCCCUAUCACCAUCAGAUACGUCCUUCUCCGACUUUCCUCCCACGGUACCAGAGGUGCCGAGUUCACCGCUGGAAUCCGUUUCGGCCACAGGGACCAGCCGAUCCACGCAUUCAGACGUUACUCGAGACCACUGGAUUAAAGAAAUUUUCACCACCUUUGAGACCAUGACCCCAAUUCCGCGGGGGCGGGAAAGAGCCGGAUGCUUCGGUGAACCGCGCCCGGACAUCAAGCAGUGGCUGCGAGAGCAAGGGUACGACUUGCUUCUGCAAUUGGAAUUCAAAGAUGAGACCAAUAUGACGGUAUACUUUUACUUGCGAGAGCAGGAUCAUCGGGCGCGUAUCAUGUGCAAGCUUCCUCAUAGAUCACGCUCAAGCGAGUAUUUCUGUCUACCCCUUAACCUGUUGGAGAUUGUCCGAGAAGGCUCGUGUCUCCAAUUAUGCCGCAGACGACACGGUGGCAGCGAACUCGUGCUGUGGGCGAGUAUUCUAUUUCCAAACAUAGAGAUGAUGGUUGCAUUUUUCACGACAUUCAUCGGUUUGCGCUCUCAGGACGCUGGCCAUCCUGUUGACGACAUACGGGAUCAUGAAUUGGAUGGUGAACGCGAAUUAUACGGAGGUCAAAUUAUCGACGACGAUUUUGUGUAUGCCCUUCGAGUGUACCGUGACAAGCUCAGCAAGGCCGUGAGGAUUCAGACUUCUGUCCACAAAGGCGAAAUGGAUCGCACUCCGGUCUGGACCGCGUUUAUUACCGAGCAUCUGACUCGCCGCAGCUGGCUACGUUCAUUGGACGAUCAGACCGUGGUUGUUCGGGACUUGAAACCGAUCGUUCUGAUGUCCGACGAGGAGUAUACUUUCACGAUGACGAAGCGUGGUGACCACAUUUGA